GCUGCGGCCACGGUCACGGGCGCGGAGCGGCUCGGCGGGACUACACGGGACCGGCGCCAGGGGAACCUCGCGCGCAUCCUACCGCCUGACAGGCGAAGCCGGCGAGGAGCGUUGCACCAGAAUCGGGGUCGCUGAGGCUCCCGCGAGAGCUCGCCCCCUGCUGGCGGGACCAGGGCCGCGGCCCCCACUCAGCCGUGGAGAAGAUGAGCGCCUGCGGGAGGAAGGCCCUGACCCUGCUGAGCAGCGUCUUCGCCGUGUGCGGCCUGGGCCUCCUGGGCAUCGCCGUCAGCACCGACUACUGGCUGUACCUGGAGGAGGGCGUGGUCCUGCCCCAGAACCAGAGCACGGAGAUCAAGAUGUCCCUGCACUCGGGCCUGUGGCGUGUCUGCUUUCUCGCAGGUGAGGAGCGGGGACGCUGCUUCACCAUAGAAUACGUGAUGCCUAUGAACACCCAGCUGACGUCCGAGUCCACGGUCAACGUCCUGAAAAUGAUUCGCUCAGCCACACCCUUCCCCCUCGUCAGUCUCUUCUUCAUGUUCAUUGGCUUCAUCCUGAGCAACAUCGGACACAUCCGUCCCCACCGGACAAUACUGGCCUUUGUCUCUGGCAUCUUCUUCAUCCUCUCGGGCCUCUCUCUCGUGGUCGGCCUGGUGCUCUACAUCUCCAGCAUCAACGAUGAGAUGCUCAACCGCACCAAGGACGCAGAGACCUACUUCAGCUACAAGUACGGCUGGUCGUUUGCCUUCGCCGCCAUCUCCUUCCUUUUAACAGAGAGUGCGGGGGUGAUGUCCGUGUACCUGUUCAUGAAGAGGUACACCGCUGAGGACAUGUACAGGCCUCACCCCGGCUUCUACCGCCCACGGCUGAGCAACUGCUCUGAUUACUCAGGCCAGUUCCUCCACCCGGAUGCCUGGGUCCGGGGCCGCAGCCCCUCCGACAUCUCCAGCGACGCCUCCCUGCAGAUGAACAGCAACUACCCAGCCCUGCUCAAGUGCCCCGACUAUGACCAGAUGUCCUCUUCCCCCUGCUGAGCCUCACCGCCUGCCUCCUGGGACUGGACAGCCAGGCAGCUUCUCCAGAGCUCCCCCGCUGGCCUGUGAGCCCAGGCGUGUGGCUGACAGGCCAGCCUCCCCCAAGCUUAGCUGUUGUCACUUGACCCAAGUUGUUUCCCUGCUUCCCCGGCCC